AUGUCCAUGGUAGUCGAAGAAAUUGGAUUGUUGUCGACUAAUGGAGUCGCGCCGAAAUUGUCCAUCUUGAAGUUGGAGGAGGACGAGGAGCAGGCCACCUCUUGUAAUACACGGCCAUGGCAUGAUCUGCCACUAAAAUUGCUACAACAGGUCGUCUCGAGACUUUCUUUGGUGGAUCGUAUCCGAUUCCCUGCAGUCUGCAAGUCGUGGAGCAUGGUGCCCAACCCAGUUGAGCAAGUCAAUGUGUGGCCUUGGCUCCUGCACUGCUCCGGCCGAGAUGGGGCAUGUACGUUAUUCGACCCUCUGCGCGGCCAGGAGUACAAAAUGACGGUUGGAACAUUCGACAUCAACCUAGACGAACAAGACGAGCAUAUUUUCCGAUUCUCCAAAAACGGUUGGGUGGCCAUGUCGACCAAUGCAGAUAUCGAUGACAUGUACAUCAUAAACCCCUUCAACGAGGACGUUGUGGAGAUACCCAUCCUCGAGAGGAAAUACUACUACAUGGGCCUGUCAUGGUCCUCGGCGGACCCGGCGUCACCGGAGUGCGUCUUCUUCGGCAUCGUCAGCCGGCACGACGGCAAAGAAAUCAAUGUCCUUAAUUACGUGGCGGCACGGCGAGAUCGAGUGGUUUGAAAGGCAUUUUGAGUAGUACGGAGGGGAGCCCUUCCCGGUGGCAUACAACAACCCCGUCUUCUUCCACGACAAGUUCUAUUGCCUCGGGAGAAAGGGCAACCUCGGCACGUUUGACCCGGCAAGCGACACAUGGAUGAUAUUGGAGAAGCCUAACCCGAUUCAUGUGGAGAUGGACCUCGAAGGCGACCACCAUGAGGGGAGAGAGUUUUGCUACCUGGUUGAGCUGGGAGAGGACCUCGUCUCCGUGUUCAUGCGUAACGCCGACGAGCCGCCACGGGUGUUCAAGCUCAACGAGGAGGAGAUGGCCUGGACAGAGGUACACGAGAUAGGCGGCGCGGCCUUGUUUCUUGAUUUCAGGGUGUCAUACGCCGUGGUGUCCCCGGAAGCUGGACAUGGCAAUAGGAUCUACUUCCCGAGGUAUUCCGAGAAUGGCAAACAAGCGGCUUUCUAUGAUAUGGAGACCAAGGCAUACCACCCAUCCUUCUAUGGGUUGAAGUCACCGUUGCAAUGUGUGUGGGUUGUGCCUAAUCUACGGCCACACAUCGUAUCAAAAUAAGUCUUGGCUAGGACACUACCUGAAGGUGUACCAAGUGAUUACAUAUAGUUUGAACAAUGUUUGACCAAUUCGAAAAUAUAAACAUCUACCCAAUCAAAUAAUUACAAUAUGAAAAUAUUUUAAGGCAGAGGGUCCAUCCCCGAACGCGCCGCUCAGCGGCGUCACCUGCACCGACGCUCCCAUCUGACGUGUUCACCCCUUUGCCGGCGGCAGGUGCGACGGGCGGAGGCGGCGACAGCGACGGCAAGUGGAGUUUGUUUGGGUUGUAGACCAGAGGCUGUCCUCGGCAUCCCGAGCUUGAUUGCUGGUCUUGCUUCCCUAAAAGGGGUCUUCUGAACAAGACUGAACUCUCUCAGAAAGAAAGUUCUGAAAUGAG